CACUCCCAGAUUCAUUUACCCUGAUCUGUAUUUGCGCGUGGUUGGAUUCCCGAGCAACAGCCCGGAUCUACUUCCUCCCUACUAUCUAUCACAAGGCGGCGAGGCAAGAGCAGCCAGCCAGUCAGUCAGUCGCGGCCGCUAAGCUAAGCCCAGCCCAUACUAGCGAUACAACAACCGUCCUUCUAUCUAAACUCCAGCUUGCCUUGCCACAACCCCCCUCUUUCCCUCCUCCCUCAUUCCCUCAAGAUCCAUACCCACAUCGCAUAAUGAACCGAUUAUUCGGGUCCAAGAACACGGCGCCCAAGCCGACGCUGGAUAGCGCGAUAUCCAACGUCGACAACCGCAUCGCCAGCAUCGACGUCAAGCUCGCAGCCCUAACCUCCGAACUGACGACCUACCAAACCAAGAUCUCCAAGAUGCGCGACGGACCGGGCAAAACCGCCCUCCGCCAGAAAGCCCUCAAAGUCCUCCAACGCCGCAAGCAGUACGAGUCGCAGCGCGACCAGCUGUCCCAGCAAUCCUGGAACAUGGAGCAGGCGGGGAUGAUGCAGGAUAACCUGAAGAACGUGAUGACGACGGUGGACGCGAUGAAGACGACGACCAAGACGCUCAAGAAACAGUACGGGCAGAUUGACAUCGACAAGAUCGAGCGCAUGCAGGACGAGAUGGCCGAUCUGAUGGACGUCGGCAACGAGAUCCAGGAGAGUAUCUCGCGCGCGUACGAUGUGCCGGAGGAUGUGGAUGAGGCGGAGCUGGAUGCCGAGCUCGAGGCCCUGGGCGAGGAGACGUACAUGGAGAGUGAGUUGGGCGGUGCCAUGCCGAGUUUCUUGCAGGAUGAGGUGGCGACGCCGAGUUUUAUUGAUGAGCCGCCUGAGCAGGUUAAGGUUAAGGAGCCGGCUGGGGGGUUGGGUUGAUUGAUUGAUUGUUACUUACUUACAUUUUCAUGGAGAUGAAGAUAUGGUUGGGAGUCGGCGAUUGCAUUGGGGUUACGUUACUAAGCCUUUGUUACUUUCUUUUUCUUCUGCGCGAAACAUAUUCAAGCAGUAAUAUUCUCUGUCCAUGGUGCAGGCUCUGCAGAUCCAUCUUGUCUUCCGUUUCUAUUUAGUGCCAGUAUGCCACUGUUUACUCGGUGGAUGAUGAAACGAUAGGGACCUCCCCCACCCUUCCAUUCGCC